GAAUUCAAUCAGUUUCUAUUAUUGACUGACAUCACAGCUUCUUCCGGCUUCCGGCCCACUUAUAUAAGUUUUGGAAUCAACAUCAUGCCAGACCAGUCGCCAACCUUGCCUACAGAACACUUCUCCCGUUUGGAAGGUCUGAAACGACAAAGUGACCAACUUGCAAGUUUGAGCGCUAUGCUCCGGGAGCGGUCUGAAAGAUGCGAAUUGGGUUGUGAUUCUUAUGGUGCAGAGAAGGCCAAAGGAGUAGAUAAACGAUCACGGGAGCAAGACCGCGAGGAGGUCCAAGAGCAGUUAGCAAAGAUCAUGUCAAAGCUGGAUGAGCGUCGUUCUGGAGAGAAGACCCUUGUCCGCUCAUUCUUCCCACAACCAUACAGACUCACCGACUCUGCACCACCUCUAAAGAGGCAGCGUUUUCUAUCAAUUUCGCGACAGUCUUCGGUCCAGUCGUCCUCCCCAGCGAAAUCUACUCCAGAGCCACCUCUUGAUCUUCAGAAGGAGCGCGAGGCAUCGACUUUGCGUUUACUCGAUGUUUGGUCGCAGCUCGCAGAACGCUACACCCGAAGAUUAGAUGAAGAUGAUAUCGUGGACAUAAGGACGGGUGAGAUCGUCAAGGAUAACGGCGUCAUUCGAAAAUCGCGGAAAUUGGAGUUUGGUGCUGAAUUAGAGCCGAAAAACAAUAAAGAAAAAGAUGGAGCUGAUGCAGAAGAAGACGAGGACGAUAUCGACGAACUCGACCUUUUUGCUCAAGAAAACGGAGAAUCUGAUGAGGUGCACUCAGAUAUGGAUGGAAGAAGGGUGCCACCGGUGGCUCCUCUAGACCCCCGUGAUGCAGAGGACUUGAGACAGUUCUUGGAGGCUGAGAGAAUUCGGAAGGAGGCUUGUGGAAGCGAACCCGAGGACGAUAUCGAAAGCACUCCAUCUUUCGAGGAGGAGGAUGAACAGGGGGAUACCAGCGACUCCGAGAGGCCUACCUCUGAUGAUGCCGAGGAAGUGGACGAAGACGAGUCGAGGCAAAAGGGGGGAAAUGAGCAGGACGACAGGCCUAAUGAUCCACCUUGGGAUCAUUCUUUGGCUGUGGUUGACGACUUAAGCUCCGACGAUGAACUCAAUAACUGGGAGGUGACCAAAGCAAGUAUCGUCUAUCCAAAUCCAACUACGAAGAAAGAGAACGCAGACCGUAUAGUCCCACCAAGUGACAGCGACAGUGAUGUUGAAAUAAUUGAGCCUCCCAUUCCUACGAAGGCUUCUCGAACUCCGAAAUUCAUCAAAGAGCCGUCGCGGACACAGCUACAAACUCCUCCGUAUUCCAAAUCUUCCGAGGAUACAGAUAUCGGUUGCUCAAGUUAUCUUGUUCAACCAUCAGCCAGUCCCCCACCAACAUUAUCUUCACCCGCCUCACAUUCGAAAGCCUUUCCACCCAAGCGGGGUCGGGGGAGACCCCGAUUAAAAUCUAGUGCCCCCUUGGACUCAGCAGAAGAUAAAAUCCCCAUUCCGCGUAUUGACCUGGCGAAAUUGUCAAAGGACAACGCUCAGAAGAGAUUGUCAAAGAAAACGACAGCGGAGGUUCUAAAUUCAAAAAACGUACCAAGGCCUGAGCUUGAAAUUUCACCCCAAAAGGUCCCUCGACUGAUACCGGAAGUGGUGAUCGUAAAGCGACGCUCCUUUGGUCAGGAAAUUAGACCAACCCAUGCAGCCAGCAACGUCGAUGGCAAAAAUGAGGUGCCACCGUCAAAGAACGGUAAAGGCAAAGAAAAGGAAAUUGCGCCCGAUGUUCGCAAACGCCGUCAUAAGACCCCGAUUCAGCCUGAUAUUCCUGGGGAGUAUCAAGAAGAGGACGAUGACCCCAUUAUCAAGCUCUCAUCUUCCUCGGCGGGGCCAUCGAAAAUGAAAAUACAGUCUUCCAAUGGAAUACGAGCUGUUAACAAAUGUCACAGCCCUGUUCCAGGAUCGGCUGAAUCCCACAAAGAGGAAGUUGAGAUGCCAGUACCAGCCGACACGAGAUCUGGUCCAUCACGGCCAUCGGGUUCAGAAACCAGUCCGAGGAAGCGGAAACGUGUCGUCUCCUCGUCUGAGGGCGAUGCAUUACAGGAUGAGACUACCCCGUCGACAGUGGAACCAAAGGCUGCCAAAUCGAAGUCAAGCAAGCAGCAUAGGGAACUACCGCCUCCCCAUCACAAGCUAGCGUCCAAGUCAGACUCUGAAUCCCCUUCUGAUUCGGAGGUCAAACGGAGGGAUACCCAGAAGUCUGGCCAAAAACGACGAUCAAAGUCAACAUCCAGGCGGUCUCCUUCUGCCUCUGGCUCAACCCCCCCUGAAGUUCCUUCUGGUUCGGAGGUCAAACGGAGGGAUGCCCAGAAUUCUGGCCAAAAACGACGUUCGAAAUCAAAACCUAGGCGGUCGCCUUCUGCCUCUGGCUCAAACUCUGAAUCAGAGCACUCUGACACCAGCAUGCAUUCUCGAGCCGGUCGCUGUUCGAAAUCACAUCUGAGCUCCUUUCCGCCCCCGUUUUACCCAUAUCCAUUACCUAUGUACCCGCCACCUCACCCUCAUACCCAACCCUCCAAUGUUUUCUCACCCAUACCAGAUCCGCGUGCACAAUUUAUAAUUUCACAAGCAAUGCACCAAUUGUCCGCACUUGUAGGCGGGCCCUGGCCCGCGCCUGGGGUUCCAUACACCCCUUCUCGCCGCCGUGACCAAGGUCAUCAACCCAUGUAUAUCACACCCACUCACCACCCGCAUCCUUACACGUAUGCGUAUAACCCUGAAUUCUCAAAUGCGACUGCGCCUCCUGAUACUCCUGAAGCCAUGUCGUCGCCAGGUGAACCGAAAGAAAACGGUCGGAGAAAGUCAUUGGUUGAACGAAGCAAAUCCAGAGGGAGGAGGGUUUCCUUCAAAAUUGAACGCGAGGACGUUGAUGAAGACGCUAUGGAUAUUUAUUCCAGUCCGACGGGUAACAACGCGAAUCGUGGGAUGUCGGAGCGGGGACAUAGUUCUGAAAGUGAUGAACCGUCACCUUCACAGGUCAAAACAGAGGGGAAGGGGAAGGAGAGGAAACAAAGAUCGGGGAUUGUUGAAUCCAAACCCAAACAUGGGCUCGAGGGUGGAAAAGAUGGGUCAGUACAGAGAGUGCUCUUUAAUAGAGGGCAAACCCCAGGACCGUCGACGCGAGACAAAUCCGACGACUCGGCGCAUGAGCCUAGCAUUUCCAAGAAAGCAGCGGCGACUGACAGAGGACACUUUGACGUGGCAUGUCUCCAGAUUGAGCAUAUCCAAUUUCGCGUUCAUCGAUACUUUUUUGAAAGAGAGUCUCUAUACUUCCGGAAUUAUCUGACGGUUCCAGCCUCGCCUGGUGCCGUUCGUACAGGUGUCAAUGAUUCAAAUGCGAUUGUUCUCGAAGAGGUCAAGCCGGCGGAAUUUGAGCUAUUUUUGUGGGUAUUUUAUAACCCACGAUACUCCCUGUACAACCGAACGGUUGAGGAAUGGGAAAUCAUUUUAAAACUUGCUCAUCGGUGGACCUUCCCUGAGGUCAAGAACCUGGCGGUACGGCAGCUCGAGAAGCUCGAGUUCCCUGAUCUUGACCGCAUUGCCAUCUACCAAGAAAAUGCCGUCGAUCGUAGGCUCCUUGUCCCAUGCUUUGCCCGGCUCUGUGAACGUGAAGAGCCCUUGACCCUACCAGAGGGCAUGAAGCUUGGCAUGGAAACAACGCUGAUGAUUGCGUGCGCCCGCGAGGUUUCCAGGGGGAGUGUGUCCCCAACUGGUGCACGAAGCCCUACCUCGGCUCAUGUCCACGGCAACGAAUUACAUGCCAUCGUUUGCGAUCUCUUCAAGAUCGAGCCUCAACCUGAGACUCCAAAUGGUGAUGAAAAAGCUACUACUCCUCUGCCAGGAACCAAGGAACCCAAGACCCCCGUUAAUACCUCAGCAACCAGUCAAGCCAGUCACCAAGAAGACAGCAACAAGGUUAACGGCACAGCCAAAGGAAAAGACCCAAUACCCCCUCAAGGGGAGGGAAAGGCAACAGGGGCGGUAGAGGUGGCAAAGGCAGAGGCGGGGGUUAAGGAAGCGUCGCUGGUCGACGCCAAAGCGGAGGGGGAAGACAACGGAGCGACGAACGGGGAGGUGAAGGAUGGAGGGGUGAAGAGCGAGAUCAUGGAUGUUUUAGAAAGCGGAGCGACGUCAGAGGGGGACGUGGCGGGCGGUGGUGGGCGCGGGGUCGCCAGUGAUGCAGCGGUGGCAGAUGUGACGAAUGCGGGGAACGGAGAGACCAAGACGAGUGAUGACGAGGAUGUGGUCACGAAAAUCGACUUGGCCCAAACGCCGUUGAAUAAUGCCCUUUCUGGAUUGGACAAUAGUUCUCCUGUUGUUGCCACCACUGACCCAACCAUGCCUACCAAUGAUACCUCACCACCUGCUGGCAGCGACUCAAAUGAACUUCUGAUUGAUAUUACUGGUACUGACGGGGACAAGUCACUGUCGCAGGGUCAAAUCCCUUCUACUUCUGGAGUCACACCCGGAUUUGAAUCUUCAAACUCGGAUGAAGUUGCGACUUCAACGGCCAACUCGCUUUGGGGUGAUCCUUGGUCUUGAUAUCCUUUUCCUUUCCUAAACACUUGUAUAACAUACCAUUCGAUACGCUCAUGCUUGUACACAGGACAGACCAUUCACGCGACUACUUACGACAUGUAUGCCCUC